ACUUGGGAAUACGUUUCAGCUGGGAGUCCUUUCUGUAUUUUCUUCGUGUAUUUAAGUAGCUGUUGAACAGAAGGACUGCACGAGCUAAACCGAAAGAAUCAUUAACCAACCAGCAUCUAUCGAAAUGCUAAUGAAAAGCGAAGGGUAAAAUGAUGCACUUUCGACUCACAAUGUUUACACUCCGGAUCUAAUUUAAACAUCACAGAUCGUUUCACAGUUCCAGAUUUGAAAUAUGCUUUUCAAAAAACACUUACAGAAUACUAGUCAGGAUAGCAAAUCCUAUCAGACUCCUUUAACUCAAAGUUAAGAACAGCAUUAAUGUUAUUUUCGGAGACCAUUUUAACAAACUUUGUAAAUUAUGUUUUGCAUCAAAGCGUUGUAUGUUGCCUUGGCACGAAAUUAAAAAGGUAUCACACUGACGUAGUGCUUUAAAAAAUAGAAGGGAAACGUUAUUUUGUUAUCGAUGCCCCAGACGCUUGGUUUUAUUAGUAACAGCAUAAAAAAAAGAGUGACGUGUAAGAUAUAUGGCGGCUAAACGGCGGAUCGCUCGGAGGAGGGGCCUCGGUGUUGCGUCACGACCAUGCGGAUAAGUGAUUCGUCGAGACAGAACGGGGCGUCACGAGGAAUAUGAACUACAGCCACUAGCGGAGAAGAAAAGCGCCGAGCGCUGGUGUUGUUAUUCAUAUCGUACGUGCACAAUAAACAUUGAGGAGACCCGCUUGGAUCUGUAUAGCUUUUGACAAAACAUCUGCAUCUCGGGCAGGCUGUCCCUCCUCUGGGGAAAAACGGACUAAUAAGGGCUACGAUUCACAUUUCUGAUUUUACCGAAUCCAAAAAAGGAAUAUAAAAGGACCACAUCAAACAGGAUACCAUUAGGAUAAAAAGAUGAGAUGAGAAAAAGGAAAAAAAGUAUUGAAGUUGGAUUAACUCUACCGGACGGAUAUACUGACGGUGUCUUUUAAGUCCCGGCUGGUAAAGACGAUUCUACAGGAUUUAUUCUAUUUAUUUCCCUUUACCGUACUUAAAUAAUUCUAACGGGUUAUUUAAUCACCGAGUCGCAAUAAGUGCUGCGUUCCAGGAUUUUAUCACCGAACACAGUCCGUAUCAGUUUACAGCACGGCCGUCGCUUUGAUUGCUCACUUGGUCUGCCGAUGCCAGAAGCUCAAGACUGCCUUCAUGGCCGGAUCAUGAAGUGUCUGACUUUUCUCCUUCUACUUCCAGAAACCCUGAAAAAGUCCAAAAAAAGUGGGAAGCACUCGGGUAGGCUCCCAGUAUGCUAUGAGAUCGUGACACUGUCCCUGAAGAAGAAGAUGGCUGCAGAGUUGUACCCUGCAAGCACACACACCAGCCUCCCGAAUAACGGCACCGCGGUUACUGCCACCGCAAAGAAGAGCGUGGUGCAGGUCACGCAGACCGCGAGUGAGGCCACCACCACCGCUGCCCAGCAAAACAUCAACAACAACAACGUCGAGACCUGCAGCUGGCAGUGCUCUCACCCUACGCUGCGGGAGAGGAAUGCAUUAAUGUUUAACAACGAGCUCAUGGCAGACGUCCACUUCAUCGUUGGUCCUCCGGGCGAGGCGCAGAAAGUCCCCGCACACAAGUACGUGCUGGCAGUGGGCAGCUCAGUGUUCUGCGCGAUGUUCUAUGGAGAUCUGGCUGAGGGAGAGUCCGAAAUUCACAUCCCAGAUGUAGAGCCCGCUGCAUUUCUAAUUCUGUUGAAGUACAUGUACAGCGAUGAGAUCGACCUGGAGGCUGACACUGUGCUGGCCACCCUGUACGCGGCCAAAAAGUACAUUGUACCGGCCCUGGCCAAGGCUUGCGUGAACUUCCUGGAGACCAGCCUGGAGGCCAAGAACGCGUGUGUGCUGCUGUCGCAGAGCCGGCUCUUCGAGGAGCCCGAGCUGACGCAGCGCUGCUGGGAGGUGAUCGACGCCCAGGCCGAGCUGGCCCUGUGCUCCGAGGGCUUCUGCGAGAUCGACCGGCCCACCCUGGAGAUCAUCCUCACGCGGGAGACCCUCAACACUACGGAGGCCGUGGUCUUCGAGGCCGUUCUGAACUGGGCCGUGGCUGAGUGCAAGCGGCAGGGGCUCCCCCCCACAACACGCAACAAGCGGAACGUCUUGGGCCGGGCACUCUACCUGGUGCGGGUUCCCACCAUGACGCUGGAGGAGUUUGCUGAUGGCGCAGCUCAGUCGGACAUUCUGACACUGGAGGAGACGCAUGACAUCUUCCUGUGGUACACGGCGGCCAACAAGCCCAAGCUGGACUUUCCUCUGACCCAGCGAAAGGGGCUCUCGCCCCAACGAUGUCACCGCUUCCAGUCCUCAGCUUACCGCAGUAACCAGUGGCGUUACAGAGGGCGCUGUGACAGCAUCCAGUUCGCCGUGGAUAAGCGCAUCUUCAUAGCGGGGCUGGGCUUGUAUGGCUCCAGUGGCGGCAAGGCCGAGUACAGCGUCAAGAUCGAACUCAAGCGCCAAGGAGUGACUCUGGCCCAGAACUUGACUAAGUUUGUCUCGGAUGGGUCGAGUAACACGUUCCCGGUGUGGUUCGAGCACCCGGUGCAGGUGGAGCAGGAUGCCUUCUACACGGUCAGUGCCAUCUUGGAUGGUAAUGAGCUCAGCUACUUUGGGCAGGAGGGCAUGACGGAGGUGCAGUGCGGAAAGGUGACCUUCCAGUUCCAGUGCUCUUCAGACAGCACCAAUGGCACUGGGGUACAGGGAGGGCAAAUCCCCGAGCUGGUGUUCUACGCAUGAGUCAUGCUCUGUGCUUGCCCUCCAUCAGUGAGAAACCGACACAAGCCUUUGCCUUCGGAGUAAUGUAGCAGAACACAAACUAUGGGACACUGAACGCCUGUUCACUUAGUAACAGACUGGUCCAUUUCUAAGAUGAAGGAAUGCUCUUCAACUAUUUAUUUAAAAGAGAAGCUGAUACUUGAUUAAUGAUUAUUGCUGCAGCAUGCAGUCCAGUGUAUGAAGUUUCAUUGCACUUCUAACGGACAGGCCCGAGGUAGUGCACUGUUUUGUACAUUAAUUAAAAAGGUUAUUGUUUACAGCUUAAAGCUGAUUGACAAAAUGUUCUGUAUUAGAGCUCAUGAACUCGCAAAACCAUAAAAACGGUUGGUGACUAUU